GUACCACCUGAAUACUGCAAAGCUUUUCUGUUGCAAUUUUCUUUUUAAAUUGAAAACAGUCAUGAAACUUUGGUGCUGGCAGCAGUUGUGCUGCUGCUGUGGCUGUGCGGCCCCUUCUCUCUGCUGUAGAUGUUUACCAACAGCAAAACAAUCCACUGGCACCCGUGUUAUGUAUUCAUUUUACUUUCUGUUCAUUACUUUUAUUUCUCUCAUCAUGAACUCACAAAAAAUAAAAGAUUACCUUGAAAAACAAGAAUUUUACUUUCAAUCUUGCAAAGAAGCUGAGAAAAUAUAUGUUUCAUGUGUAGACCUAAUGGGCAAGUUUGCUGUCUACAAGAUCUGCAGCGGGAUGGCUUGCUUCUUCUUGACUUUCAGUAUUCUGACCUUUAAGAUCAAAAACAGCUGUGAAUGUCGAGCAUUGUUGCAUAAUGGUUUCUGGCUUUUCAAAUUCUUACUUUUGCUGGUGUGCUGCUUUGGGACUUUCUACAUACCAGACAAAGAAACCGUACAUAAAGUUCUUUUUUACGUUGGAGCAGUUGGAGCGCUGAUGUUUAUAAUGGUUCAGAAUAACCAGAUGGCUGCAUUUGCUCGCAAUGUAAAUGAGUUUUGGAAGGAUUUGGCAAAGAAUAACUGUCUGUGGUACAUUCCCUUGACCGUAGUUACCUUACUGCUCGUUGUCUUUGCUUUUGGAGGAUUUGCAUUUUUGUUGAUCCUUUACUAUGAAUCAGACACCAAAGCCUUUAUUUUCAUAAUCAUCAACUUAUCAUUUUGUGUUUUCCUUGUUCUGUUGUCUUUGUUUAAAAGAGGGAAUCCACAGUCGAAUCCACUGCAGUUAGGAACAAUAUGCGCAUAUAUUUUUUACCUCACGUUUUCUUCAAUUCAGAGUCACGGCAUCACAAUAAAAGAACCUGAUGUCUCACAGAAAGACUUUGCAUCAAAUCUACAUAAGACCUGGGAGAAAUACCUUGAGUUUUUUGACUCACAUACUCAAGAAACCAUGGUUAAGACGGUGGGCAGCCUGAUAAUUUUUGCCUGUGUUUUGCUCUUGUGUGUAAACACGACAGCACAAGAGAAACAAAUGAAAGACAUUCUUUCCCCUACAUUUGCAAUCAAGGGCAUUUUAAACUGCUGCUCCUCAUCUGACCAAGGUGAUAACACAAAUAACGCCUUCAUGGCCCCAUUUCAAGGUGUGAAUGAUAAUAGUGGGCAGAAAGUGUUCUAUGAUGAGAAAGAGAAUCUGAUCUAUAGCUACUCUCGCUUUCACUUCAUUUUCUUCCUUGGAUCUCUUUAUGUAAUGAUGGUCGUCACUGACUGGGAUGGUUUCAGUUUAACAAAUGACAAUUCUGCCAAGAACGAGACUGCUUUUUGGAUCAAGAUGAUUUCUUCCUGGGCUUGCCUCCUGUAUAACAUCGUAAUGCUUUUCUGUCACUCUGGAAAAUAAAGCAUCACAGGUUUCUUUAUGAGGACACCAAACAUCACACUCUAUGGUCAGUUCUGAAAACAUUACUUAGGAAUGGUGUGAAAAGUGGGACAAAAGUCAAUAUUUUGAUGUGCCCUACUUUGGACUGAGAGAAGCUGCCCAUGAUUGCUUGGCUUAAGUCGCUUAAGGCCGUUAUUCUCACAUCAUUUGGAAGAGUAGAUUUCCAAAAUCAGUCAAACCACAACCAGCAUCCAGGUAUUCCCACAAGUCUCUUAUUCACAUAA